AGCCCCCACCCCCCCAGUGUUUUGGGGAAAAAGCUACAUGAGUGAAAGAGUAGGUUUAGGAGUAACAUUUAAUGAUCGCUUUUUUUUCUCCAUUGCUUAUUUGAAAUGUGCAUACUUUGCAUUUCGUAGUAUCUCCCCUGUUUUGACUUCAAUUGGCAUGCACAGAAUGGUCUAUGCAAGAUCAUGGCGGAAACUUAUAAUCUGUAUACUGAUCACAUUGAAGGUGAAUGGGUUAUAUGUGCAGAUUACUUACAUUAAAUCUUCUGUAGCUAAGGGUGCAGUUUGUUUGGAUGGUAGUCCUCCAGCAUACCAUUUAGAUAAAGGAUUUGGCUCAGGAAUUAACAAUUGGCUGGUUCACAUUGAGGGUGGAGGAUGGUGUACCAAUGUUACAACUUGUCUUUUCCGCAAGAACACCCAUUUAGGUUCCUCUAAGAAAAUGGUAACAGAAAUUGCAUUCUCUGGGAUUCUGAGCAACAAUAAGCAAUUUAACCCAGAUUUCUAUAAUUGGAAUAGAAUCAAGGUCCGGUACUGUGAUGGAGCAUCAUUUACCGGAGAUUUGGAGAAAGUAGAUCCAGUCACCAAUCUUCACUACAGAGGAGCAAGGAUUUGGCUUGCUGUUAUAGAGGACCUGCUAAAGAAGGGGAUGAAAAAUGCUGAAUAUGCUCUUCUUUCUGGCUGUUCAGCUGGUGGCUUGGCCUCCAUUCUCCAUUGUGACAGCUUCCAUGCACUCCUAUCUAUAGGUACCAAAGUAAAAUGCCUUGCUGAUGCUGGAUAUUUUGUCAAUUUGAAAGAAAUAUCUGGAAGAGAACACAUAAAAUCCUACUUUAAUGAUGUGGUGACAACCCAUGGAUCAGUAAAGAAUUUGCCCACAUAUUGCACUUCAACAAUGAAACCAAGUAUGUGUUUUUUCCCACAAUACAUAGUGCAUGGUAUACGUACACCACUUUUUCUACUAAAUGCAGCCUAUGAUUCAUGGCAGAUAAGGAACAUUUUGGUUCCAGGUGUUGCUGAUCCUCAUGGCUACUGGCUCAGUUGCAAGCUUGAUAUAAAGAAUUGUUCGUCCAUCCAACUUCAAACCAUGCAAGAACAACUAGGCGACACCCUAGCACCACGUAGGCAAUGAUUUUCCUUGGCUGAAAUCCGACCUGACAACCUACCUCCGCCGACUAAUUGGAGUCCUAGCUUGGUGCAUUCAUGCUGCCACAAAACAACCAAUAACAGCGGAACAAUCAACAGCAGAACGACCUGAACAACUAGCGGACCGACGACAAGCACCCCGAAGUGAGGCCGCCCCCAUAGGUCGAGCCCUUUGUGGUUCCCGUGGGAGUUGAUGGCUAACAGAUUAUGGAAUUGCCCUGCCGACCUCAACCCAUUCUAUAUUCGCACUCAAUAGUAAUCAGCCCGGACGAGCCUCGUUAGCUCUAUUUCGCAAGGUUGCCUCUACAGGUCGAGCCCUUCAUGGCUCCCGCGGGAGUCGGCGGCCAACGGACUAUGCGGUCACCCUUGUGGGUCAAGCCUUUCAAGGUUCCCAUGCAAGUUGGUGACCUACAGUUAGUAGCUGCCCCCGCAGGUCGAGCUCCUUGUGGCUUAUCGUAGGAGUAGAUGGCCAGCGUCUCCGAGAAAUGUUGUGGAGCAGCCAUGGCACUGACCUACCAUCCAACGCCAGCAGCAAUGCACGUAUCGACAAAGCUAUCACAAGGGCAGAAUCUGAACCACUAGCCUGGGCAAGCUUCAACGAUCUGGCCCAGAUUGUCUCCCAGCUCGAAUUGCGAAGCCUCACUACUGAUUGAGCCCUUCAUGGCUUCUGUGAGAGUUGGCAGUUAACUGAAUGAGGAACCAGCCUCACAGGUCAAACCUUUUAUGGUUCCCAUUAGAGUAGGCAACCCGCAAAAAGCAGAGCCACCCCCUCAAUGUGAGCCCCCCAUGGCUCCAGCAGAAGUGGGCGGUUAGCAGUUCAGGAGUAAGUGCAGAACAUGUAUGGCAUUGACCCACAAGCGUAGACCCGGGAGAGCCAAUCCCAUGUGAUGGCAUAGAUGCAGCCAUAUUUAAAGUUACAGAAUGACCAUCCGCUUUGGUGACCUGGUCAAAUUGAGCUCUAAGGGAAAGCCAUACCGCUUUUUAGCUAAAGCCCCCUCAAGCUGACCUCGAAACACGACGACAAUGGGUAGACCGAUCUAAUCAGGUUGCCUCCCCAUCUAUCUAGCUCGGCAGCAUUGCCACCACUACGCUUAAAUCGACCUCAAAGGACGUCGACAUCUCAUCGCCGACCUGAAAAAAAAGAAGAGAAAAAAAAGAGAAACUGAAGAAAGGAAGAUUAGUUCGCUUUCAACACUGCAGUAGACAUGCAAACUUGGCCGGUUUCUUCACAGUCAUCCUCCACCUCGGUUUUAGGCUUUGUAUCGACCUUGUCGGCUACUCCUUCGAGGAUCGGCGUGAGGGACAUUGCAUUGUAGGCUACGUAAGUUGAGCGACCUGACGAGGCAGUCACGUAGUUGGAAGCCCCUCGUGAUGACAACAUGACGAACUUCGCUCUUGAGGUAUUUAGUCGAAUUGUGUAACUCCUUGGCGAUUGCAUCCCUAGUAAGUUAUAUGUCCUCGGGGUGCCUGCUCCGCCUCUCCUCAAGCAGAUGACUUCGCUCCUGUGCCCCGAUAAUCAAGACGGCGAAGUCCUGUGUAGGGCUGCAUUUAACCCUUAAGACUUCCAACUUGGAGAGCGAAUUGGACCAAUGCCUACGACCUCAUCGAAUUAGUCAUUCCGAGCUAAAGGACAUGCAACAAGCUACUCCCUUUGCCGAGCUGACCUCAGCUCGGGAGUAGGGGCAAUUGAUGAGGGCAAAUUUGAAUCUCCACUGACAUCAUGACAUGUGGCAUCUCAGAACAGCUGGACGACACCCCGACACCACAUAGGUGAUGAUUUGCCUUCGCUGAAAUCCAACUUAGCAAUCUACCUCCACCGACCUGGCGACUUAACUCCACCAACUAAUUGGAGUCCUAGCUGGAAAACCUCAUUUACAAUUUGGGCACAUCGGUAAGGCGGCUAGGAACACCUUGUCCAGGGCCGACCUGUGGUUGAGCGACCUCCCUUGAGGACUUGUCAACUCGACUGAGGUCCAUGUGGCGACCUACGAGACGUGCUCGCCGACCUCCUCCGUGUACGAGUCCCAUCACUCCCAGGUCUUCCAGAAGUUAGUUCUUGCAUAGAAUGUUUCGGAGGCACAAAGCCUGGUCUAUGUGCUCCACUACCUCCGAAGACUUUGGCCCGGCCAACCACGACCUCCCGGAGAUCUCGGACGCCGUGCGUGAAGCCCAUGCCGAGCAAUGCCUAUAUAUAGGCCUCAUCUCCAACCUCACAAGGUACAUGCACAAUUUAGUUCUCGCAGCUCUCUAGCUCUCUUACUUUUAUCUCUCUCAAAAAUCUCCAAUUCGCUGACUUAAGCAUCGGAGUGCCCACCUCGGGUAAAGAAACCUGGGCACUCUAAUAUUGUUUCACUGCAGGUCUCCCAGAAAAUUAUACAACUCUCCGUUAUAUAGCUCGAUAUCCAUCCGAGCUAUCUUCUAGCUCGGCCUUACUCAGCUUGACAUCUGAUUCACCUUCCAGCAAGGAAUUCUCCAUCUUGGCUUCUGAGUCAUCAGCCAGCAGGGAACUGCCAGAUCACGCAUCAUCAGCAUGCACUAUUCAAAACCAAUCAAGUCCAAUUUGAAUAUGAUAGUGGAUAAGGUUUUCUUAGGAUCAAUACAUUAACGGGAUCGAAUUUGAUUUGAGUUAUAUCUGAUUUGAUAUGAUCCUUUUGCAGCCCUACUGAGAAAAGAGGCUUCUUAUAUAUACCAAUGAACAGAUGAACUGUGGAAUAGUUCGAUUUAUAUGUUUAUGACAUAAAUGGAACUAAUUGAGGAAUAAUAUAAUUUCCACUUUUUUGAGCUGGUUUCAGGAAUAUGUUAAGGUUAAUAAAGCGUGAUCAUGACAUAACAGGUUUCAGGAUGGAAUUUCUAAGUGCGUUGUUAGGACAAAGAAGCUCUUCAAGAGGCAUGUUCAUAAACUCU